ACGACAUGAGAUUGUGCGUCAUCUUACUUUACUUCGCGACUUUUUGUACAAAUUUUUGGAAACAUUAAUAUAAAUAGUAAUCUAGUGCAAAUAUUUUAUCUUCAUGCAAUCGGUUUAGAAAGAAAGAAAGCUAAAAAACAUGGCAUCAGGAACAACUCAAAAAUACAGAAACUUUGUCGCGGAACCAAUGGGAGAUAAGCCAGUGACGGAUUUGGCGGGAAUUGGCGAUGUCUUAGGGGGCCGCUUGACGGAAGCAGGGUUUGAUAAGGCUUACACUGUGUUGGGGCAGUAUUUAGUUCUAAAAAAGGACGCGGAAUUGUUUAAAGAAUGGAUGAAGGACACAUGCAAUGCCAGCGCCAAACAGGCUAACGAUUGCUACAAUUGUCUUAAUGAUUGGUGCGAAGAAUUUUUGUAAUAAGGAAUGUAUUUUUGUUAUAAACUUUUCUACUUAUUCCAACAUAAUAGUUUUAAUACAUUCGAUACUAUCGGUUUAAUAUGAUUUUGUCUUGCGACGUUUCUCUAUAUAUGUUGAAAACAGAAAAUAUGUUAAUAAAACUGCAUUUUUAGAAACAA